GUAUAGGUUUUGUUAUCCGCGCUAUACACUAGUUUGAUCUAAUAAACCAAAAAUUUCGAAAAUUUAGCAAUUUCAAAUAGAGUUAUAUGAAACAAAUUUGAAGCUUUUCUGUUCCCAGUUUUCAUAAGAGAGGUCUGUCGUUUUAAGAGGGUUUACAGUUAAUGGGCAAAAACCAGCAAAUGGAGAGUGUUAAAGGAGAAGAGGAGUCGAGGCUGAUUGAAUAUUUGAGGAAAGAAGUUCCUGAUUGGGACGAUGAAGUGAAGUUGAUUGCCAGGUACAAGGCAUUCAGCGGUCAGAGGAGUGAUUGGGAGCCUCUUUAUAUUUUCUGGAGGGAUUUGAUUCUCAAAGUUGCUCGACAUCUUCACAUCUUCAUUAUUCGUCCUUCUCAGGUGAAGAUUUGGUUCGACCGAGGAGGCCUCGUCCCUUUGUGCCUCGAACAAGUAUUGCUUGAAAUGUAUACCGCUGGUGAGCUAUUGCAGAAUGUGGGAGUCACUGAUCCAGCUAGUGGCUGGGUUUCCCAAAUUUUGCAGAAAGUAGUAAAUUUGGGAGGUCUGUUGAGACCACCUACUCAAGAAAAGCUUGCCGAAGACUAUUACAUCAUUCCUGUAUUACUGAAGGAAAAGGCUCUUCAAGUGGUCCAAGCAUUAUCCGAAAGCCACUGGACAGCUUCAUGUGUAAUUACAUGGAGAAUGUUCGAGGAACUUUCUGGCGGAUUCAAGGAAGCUCAUGCAGUCUUGAAUCACUUGUCUGAAUGCGGGAAAGCAAAGUACCUUGUAACAAACAAGAAGGAUUUAAUGGAGGGGGUGAAAGUCUCUCUUUCAGCACGAGCACUUUCUGGCACAACAAGUCUAGAUUUUGAUGUGCUGCAUUUGAUUGGGACAGUAGAAAAACUUGAGCAUCAGCUUAAUGUGAUAGAUCAACGCUGGAAAAGGUCUAGAGAAUCUGCUUUAGCUUCUCUAAAACUUGGGAACAAACAGGUGGCUCUAAGGUGUUCAAGGGAAAUGAAGCUGGCUUCUCUGAGUAGAGAAAAAUGUACAGCGCUUUUAAACCGAGUGGAGGAAGUCCUUGCAGUUAUUUCUGAUGCAGAAGCCUCAAAGGAGGUUUCUGAAGCCAUUCGAAUUGGCACACAGGCUAUUAAGGAAAAUGGGAUCGAUUAUGAUGAAGUUGAGCUGUGUCUACAGGAGCUGAACGAGUGUGUUGAAUCACAGAAGCAGAUUGAUGAACUUCUAGGAUCAAAUGCAGCAGAUGCAGAAAUUGAUGAUGAAGAUAUUGAAGAUGAGCUGAAGAAGCUGGAGCUGAAUUUUGCUGAGGUACCAACUCAAACAUCCACCAGUCACAGUGCGGUGGACGCUCUAGUAGCAGGAGCCGAGGAAACCACCGAUGCGCUAAGUGACUCCCUUGCGAACCUUCAUAUCUCACACCAUGCAAGGAAGGACCUGGAGGCAGAACAUGCUGCGGAGCCCAUGGGUGUUUUGUCAAAUGAUGUCAAUCGGGAAGCUGCUCUGGCAUAGCCAAUGUUAGAAUCUUGUUUUCUCCGUGUUUUUGUACUGUGAUGCCUGGUAGUCCACGCCAUAAUUGAUAGAGUGUGCACCUUUCGUCUACAGGGCUCAGGGCACAAUUGUUGUGUGAAACACUGUCGAUAUGAGAUUAUGAAUUGUCAUGUCAAUGAUGUUCUUGUAUAUUAUCAAAAAGUAAUACCCCAUCUGUUCCAGUUUUUGUCCCCUUUUUUCCUUUUAAAUAUGUAUCCGAAAGAAUGUUAUCUUUCUUUAUUAAGUUAUUUAACUCCAA